AUGGUGCUGCUCCACGGACGUCAAGCUGCGCUCGUGGGCGGCCGCCGCCUCCUCCUCCAGCAGCAGCAGCCGCAUCGUCAUCCGCUUCCUCUUCAUCUGGUGCAGACGCGCUCCCUCUUUACCGUGUUGGAAAAGUACCUCGAAGCGUACAAGCGCUAUGGCUUUAAGGGGACGCUGUGGAAGCUCUACAAUCCAGGGGACGUCAAGUUCGGGCGCUUUGUUGGCCAAGACGAGAACGGGUUCAAGUACUACGAAGACCCGACGGAAGUGUAUGGCCAGGACCGCUGGACGGAGUUCAACGUGGACUCGUGGGACGAGGUCGAAGGCACGCUCAUCCCGCCCAAGUGGCACUUGUGGAUGCACCACAUGACGGACUCGAUACCGGGCGAACCUGGUCAAGAUGCUGCCAAGUGGGAGAAAAAGACCAUUGUCGAGCACUCGGACGCGCCGUUCGCCAACCAUUUGGGCGAGAGUGUGCCGUACUACCCGAACAAGACCCUCUAUCGCUCGCGUGGCUACAACGUUGGCAGUGUGGCCAUUGCACCGAGCGAGCCGGAUCAGUACUACCUCCAGCCUGGUCACUUGCGUCGCACGCGCAAGCACGACCAGCGCUUCUUUGCUCAUGUGGAUUACAACAAUCCCGAAAACUCGGACGAGAGCCGCGAGCAGUCGCUGCGUCCAGCAGAUGUCAACUAG